ACUUUAGAGUGACAUGGCUAGUUCUUUUCUUCCGUACGGAGUAUUGUAGCUUCUCAAUAGCAACUUGGAAGUAAAAUGAAUGCCUACUCGGUACUUCAUUCCGUAUGGUACCCGCACAUGGUGCUAGCAGUAGUGCUCGUGCUACGAACAAGUGCUCGUUGCUUCUCUGGGCGUAAGAAGAGCGAUCCGACGCAUUGAGGUGUCGGCCAUGCCCGAAUCGUUGCCGGUUUCAAAAGCGUGGCUCCAUCGCCCCCAUCUUUUCGUCUUUUUUUUGGAGACUGUCUCGUGCGCCGUCUGUUCUGUACUUGUUAUUUGUGGCAAUCUUUUGGAGAAGCAGGCAGAGGAGCCGUUGGGAAGUGUUUGUGUUUGCCUUCAGUCAGGCCCUAGUCAAACCCAGAAAACAGAAAGGAGGGAGAGGAGAUGGGGAGAGAAAAAGAGCUGCGACACUCUCUCUGCGGUGUUCCUCGACUUUCUCCGCCUCAGGCAACAACAAGAAGGGUCUUGGCCGGUACUUGUCUGCAGCGCGUGAUGUGCAUGUGUUCUAAAGUAGCGGCUCUCUGUCA